GCAGAGGCAUCUGGUCCAUAUUUCUCCUCAGAGAUCCUGUUGACUUUUGCACAGCAAGAUGGAAAGUGAUGCAAGUUGGGUGCUGCAGGACAGCGUGAAUGACGAGAGAGAAGAAAUCAAAGCACAACGUCGAAGAAAAAGUGAGGAUUUGCUGAGGGAGACGGAAGCUGAGAGGAAGAAUAUAAUCCGGGAGUGGGAAGAGCUGCGAAGGUUUAUCGAAGACCAGGAAAAACUCGUGUUGAAGAGGCUGCAAAAGCUGGACAAUGACAUUGUUAGGAGGAGAGACGAGAGUGUUUUGGAAGGCUCUGAGCAAGCAACAUUUCAUGAAAACAGAGAAAGCAACCAGAAUCCACUUGUGAAGAGCUUCAGAAUGGCUGAAAGUGGGUAUGUUUUGCCCAAUAUUUAUCUUUCAAUGUGUUAAACUACUUUGGAACUG